AUGGAAGGGAGGGCUGUUCUUCGCAUUUCUGGCGAUGAAGUCAUAUCUUCUCCUGUCAGUCUAACUCCACAAUUGCAACCGCAGUUCCGUCCAGACGAGUUCAAUGUCGGAACUAGGUUGGCGUACCGGUUGGAGGAGCUGGGAGUUACGGAUUAUUUUGCAGUACCUGGCGACUUCAACCUGGGCUUACUUGACGAAAUACUGAAGAAUCGGUCCAUACGCAUGAUUGGAUGCUGCACUGAGUUAAAUGCCGGCUAUGCUGCAGACGGUUACGCUCGAUCUUCGCCGGGGAAAGUCGCUGUGGUUUUCAUAACUUUCAUGGUGGGUGGACUUUCUUUGAUUAACGCCAUUGCUGGUGCCUAUUCGGAAGGUCUGAGGGUAGUGGUCAUAUCCGGCUGUCCGCCCCAGAAAACAUUCAGAGAUGAGCGAUUGGUCCACCAUACGUUAGGCACUAAGAACAAAGACCAAGUCUUACGAAUGUUCAAAGAAGUUACGGCAUUGUCGGUGCGCAUAACAAGCGAACAUGAACCUGCGGAGGCUCUUGAUAAUGCGAUUCGCUGCUGUUUGGAAGCAUCACGUCCAGUGUACAUUGAGAUUCCUACCGACAUUGCCCAGGAGCCUUGCGAAUCUCCUGGCUCCCUCCUGAUCAAUAUUUCCAGGCGAUUCGAGAUGAGCCACGCCCUCAACGUUGUUGAUGCAAUCAUAAAAUGUUGGAAUGCAGUGAAAAAACCGGUUUUACUGGUUGGGGCCCAUGCGCGCCAAGCUCUUCUUCCUGAUAUGUUGGUCUCUCUCAUCGAUAAACUCGGUUGUCCAGUUCUAGUCCAGCCUGACGCCAAGUCCCUUGUGCCUGAAGACCAUCACCAUUUCCUGGGCACAUUUUGGUCCAGCGCAAGCGAGCAAAAAUGUCACAAAACAUUCAAGGCCUCUGAUUUAUGGAUCAUGGUUGGAUGUCGUUGGACUGACUAUCACACACUGGGCUGCCUUGACAUGGAAAAAGAAACUCACCGUAUCCUCGACCUUCAGGACGGAUUUGUCACGACUCCUAGUGGUGAGAGCUUUGCAGGCAUACCGCUCAACGAGUUGAUAAACGUCAUCACUCAGUCAGAUAUCCACCACAAAGAAAUCACGAUACCCAAUGGGGUCGUCCAAACUACUAAGGUCAAACGAGCUACCAUAGAGACCUCAAGUCUGUCGCUCUCCAGCAUCCUCAGUGGGAUACAGGACAUGAUAAAAUCCGAGAAUUCCGUCAUUGCUGACACUGGCGAUAGCUGGUUCAAUGCCCAAAUGAUCAAAUUGCCCUGGGGAGCCGACUACCAGAUGCAAAUGGUGUAUGGUUCGAUCGGGUGGAGCCUUCCAGCGACCCUUGGUUAUCAGCUUGGCCGGCCAGACCAACGAACCAUACUGAUGAUCGGAGACGGUAGCUUUCGCAUGACAUGCCAAGAAUUAAGCACCAUGAUCAGCCUGAGACUCAACCCUAUCAUCUUCGUGUUCAACAAUCUAGGCUACGCAAUAGAGACCGCGAUCCACGACGGGCCAUACAACUAUUACACGAAUUGGAACUAUGCCUCAUUCGCAAAUAGCCUCUGUAGCCCUUUCCAUGCCGUCUACAACAACCCAUAUUUUGACCACAAUAUCGCGGAGAAUUGUUCGAAUCCUCCGAUGUUCUCAGCGCAGAUCAAAACCACUGCGGACUUAAUGAUAGCCCUUAAACGUGCUGAGCGGGAGCCCAAAAAGCUUGCCUUUCUGGAGUGCUGCAUCGAUCCCAGCGACAUCAGUUCCUCACUUCGUCGCUUUGGCUUGGCUGUUGGCGCUGGAGGCAAGGAGGGCGAGAAUGGCUACACAGACAACAAUUCAUGA